GUUUUGUGUCACACCUCUCUCAUAUUUACAUCUGUCAGCUGUGGCGACUUGCGAGGUCAGCUGGUGCGUCGUGAGUUUGUGGACAAAAGCUGACAUCCAUUGUAAGUUAAAGAAGAAAUGGGACCACAGGAUGGAGGGGAUCAAGAAGUAUUUGAUAUUGUUGAUUUCACAACUGCAUCAGACUGGGAAUGCUUUAUUGCUGCAACAGAGGAAGCCAUUCAUGAGUGGAGGUUGUCGGGGGAAGGCUACCCUUCACCACUCACCAGGGGUCAGCUUGCAACUGCAAAAUGGAGUGAAAGAAAAGUUACUAUUAAGUUUGCCGAUUUUCCAUUUGAGAUGACCCAUCAUAGCAUUGUUAGUGAAACUGUUGAGUCACCUCCUGAUGAACCUGAGCCAAGUACCGAUUUUGAUGAGGAAGAGGCAGAAAAACUACCCAAAGCCCUUGAAGAUAUGAUGAACAGGGAAAAUGAUUUCCCUGCUCGAGCACACUGUCUGGUGCGCUGGUAUGGUCUCAGAGAGUUUGUCACAAUCUGUCCAUUAAAUCCAAGUCACUCUAUUAUGUCCCCAUCAAAGGCAAAACUUCUCCUAUCUUCAGCAGCAAUUGCAGCUAAUAAUACAAACUGCCAGGUGCCAAUAUUUGUGCAAGUUUUGUGGCCAAAUGAAAAAAUGUACCUUGGUGUUGGCCUUGGAUCUGGUGUGCGGACAGACUAUGACAUGGUCCACUUCAGACAGGCUCCACCCCAGUGUACACAUCUAACUGGACUCUUGGAUGUGUUCAAAAACAAGCUGCAGUGCUGUAUAACAUCGCCUCCUGUCUUGGUGUCUGUGAGGUUUACUUAUGUUCUUACUGAGUGGCCGCACACCCUGUGGACACAACAACCUCCAGAUUUUGAUGCUACACUUACUGAGGUUGGCUUCUCUGAUCUGGGAAAGCUGCCUUUUGGUGCUUUAAGUGAUCCUGUUAGUGAAUUGCAUCUGUCAGCAACAUGGCCAUGUGUGACUGAAGAUGUGCUGGUUGACAGUGAUGUGUAUAGUGACCUUGAUCCUGGCUCUGCUCCUUUGUGGACAGCUCGACUUGUCACAUCCUCAUCCCAACCCUGUCUUCUGUCAGAAUACCUGACUGAUUUUAUUCAUGUCUGUAGAAAUAACCAGUCAAUAAGUCAGAUACUAGGACCAGACUACACUCAAGAUGUCGAUGGAGAAAUUGCUGAGUUCUCUUCAGCACUGGACCGUCUAACAGAGCCAUCUGUGCCCAGCCUAUCCUCUGUGGUGGGGCGAGUGCGCAAGGGACACAAAGGUGCCCGGCAGUUUGUUAGUACCCAGUCAGGGGAGAAUAGCCCAAUACCAACUGACAUCCUUAUUCCAAUACUAAACUACUUAUUUCCUGAUGCUGAGGGAGAUGACCCCAAUGAUCCCUAUCCAAAUACUCUGACACAAGUGCCUGAGUGGUUGGCCCCUAAUGGAGAAGUUGCUGACCAUCCUCUGAAGUCCCUUUUAAGUAACAUGAAGAGCAGUGGCGUUGACGGCCUAGUGUGGCGCUUGGCUGUUGUGCUGUGCCAUGUUGCUCAUUCUCUUGGAGGACUGCCUGCUGCAGCCCACCUCUGGCAUGAGGUUAUAUUAGAGCUGAGGUUCAGAUGGGAACAUGCAGUGCUCAUUCCUGGUGUGAGCAGUGGAGUGCCAGACCUUGCUUCCACCAUACUGCACCAAAAGUUCCAAAUGCUCAACUGCUGCAUCAAUCGUAGAAAGGCCAGGGAGCAAUCAUCUUCAUCAAAAUCAAGUAAUGAGGAUGGUGAUGAUGAAGAUGAAUUUUAUGAAUGUGAUGAGGAUAUGGAAGAGGAUGAAAAAUCAAAUGGCAGCCGUUCAUCUUGGGACAAGCCAGAAGGCCGCAUCAAGCGCUGUGCCAAGCUCCGUCUUUUGAAGACCAACGAGCCGCUCUACAUCCCUUUCACUCAGGAACCAGCUCCCAUGACAGAGGACCGCCUUGAGGAACAUGCUGGAGUGCUCUUGCGGUUGGGAACUGAUGCCCUAGGAUCCCAGUUGCGUGCCCGCAUGAUGUCUGCAUCAUUGCUUUCAGACAUGGAAUCUUUCAAAGCUGCCAAUCCAAGUGCAGUGCUAGAAGAUUUUGUGCGAUGGUAUUCUCCUAGAGACUGGAUUGAAGAAGAAGGAAGUGACCCAGAUCAGCCACCACAAGGUAGCCUGAGCACAAGGAUGCAAAUUCCUGGAAAUAUGUGGAGAGAAGUGUGGACUAAUGCCAAGCCAGUGCCAGCUCGACGUCAGAAACGCCUUUUUGAUGACACUCGAGAAGCUGAACAAGUAUUACACUGGCUAGCAUCACUGGGCCCUGGUUCCUUGUGUUGCAACCUCCUACCCACUGCCACUCAUGCCUCACUCUGUCGCCUUGCUGAGGAGAGACUACUCUUUGACCUCCCUGCUCCCAAUAGCCUGCCACAACCCUGCCACAGCAGUUCAUUAGCCACAGUGUUGGAUGUGAUCACUCAGAGGGCUGUAAGGCUUUCCCGCCACCCUCCUGAUACCAACAAAUAUCAAGAGCUUGCAGAACAAAUUGCAGAAGUAGAAGUUUGUGUGGCACGGGCCCAGAGUGUGCGCCACAAGAUACUAGGAGAUAAUGCAGGGACUGAAGAGUCCUCUCAACAUUUAGAGAAAUUGGUGCUCAGACUCCUAGACUCCCCAGAGGUUAGCCUUGAGGGUGGACCUCGAGGACCUGCUGCUUUGGCAAUCCGCAAAUUGUUUCAGCAAGCUCGGAAGGCAUCACUGCUCCUGGAUGAUUCUCCUCAAGAUGAUUUUUCAAUCCCUGAGCACCGGCAAUCCUGUGGCAACUCGGGUCAUAGUGGGGCAGUCAGUGAACUUGGAAAACCCAUGGGCAGAGAAUACCUCCUGAGGACUCUGGUGCCCUUCCCAACAGCCUAUUCCCGUCCUGUACCACACCGCAUGUUUGCAGUGCUGCUUCCAAAUGAAUUCCGUCUCACUGGAGCAUUUUCUCAAGAUACCACUUUUAGUUGAGAACAUUAAUUUGUAAGAAAUGUGUAAUUGCAAUGUAUUAGACUGCUUAGCAUACAGCGAGUCUAUCAGAAUAAUCAUAAAGACUUGAAAUAACUUUUUCACCUAAUUUCCACAUGUUAAGAACAAGAUGCAUCUUACAAUAGAUAAUAUUUUAUCUUUCUUGUACUCCAGUUUGUUUCUUGUACUCCAGUUUGUACUUUCUUAGUGUAUGUACCUGCAAGAAACUGUCUUGUGGUAAUUCCCAAGAAAGAUUACCUUAACUUUUAGUAAAGGCAACAUGCAUCGUAUGGAGAUUUUUUUUAUUUGUUUAUUUGUUUUUAAUGACUGAUUUUAUUUCACAUUCUUUCCUAAUUUUUUCCAUUAUCAUUCUGUUCUCUUUUCAUGUAUACUGUAAUGUAACUUUCCAAAAGUGAUAUAAUUCUCUCUCAUUGAUUAGAGAUGCAAGCUUAUGCUAGUGCUUUAUUUUGUGAUAGUUCUAUCAGUCAUACUGCUCCUCUUUAUAUGACAUAUCUGUUUUACCAAUUUGUUUAAGAUGCAUGUUUUUUUUGUUUUUUUUUUCUGCCUCCUUAUGUAGCUCUUGGUGGAUUUUAUGAGAUUGCAUCACUCUUAAUACACUCAGCACUCCUCUUUUCUCAGAAUGUUGUAGAGGGAUUCAGUAAAUCUAUGCUGUACUCCUUAUUUUCUUAGUGUAUGUACCUGCAUGAAACUGUUUUGUGGUACAGUAUAUAUAUAUAUAUAUAUAUAUAUAUAUAUAUAUAUAUAUAUAUAUAUAUAUAUAUAUAUAUAUAUAUAUAUAUAUAUAUAUAUAUUAAACAAAAUGUUAUAUUGACUUUUCAUCUGAACUAGUAUCACUUGUACUGAAAUAAGAUUUUUCAACAUUAAAUUAUUGGUAAGUAAAACUUCUCAUACAUCUAUCCAUAUGUUAAGAGGCUUAGAUGAUAUGGCUGGAAUUUAAUAUUUUUCUGUCUUUUUAAUAGUACCACAUUCAGUGAAUUUCUAGCUUUCAAGUGUGUUAUGAUUCUAGAAACUCAUUUAUUCUAUACCAGGUUCAAAUAAGCAAUCAGAAGCUUGAGCAACUGUUAAUAUUAAUCAUGUGGAAGAAAAGCUUGUGGGUGCUCAAGAUUGAUGUAUUUGUGUGUGUGUGUGUGUGCGCACGUGUGUGUGUGUGUUGAGACAAAACAUAAUGCCUCGUCUCAGCUAUAAGUGGAUAAUAUAGAUUGAUAUAUGUGUGUGUGUGUGUGUGUGUGUGUGUUUUGAAAGUAAAUUAUAGCUCUAUCAGUAUAUCUUAAUUUUGAUCACAUGAAUAUUAUGAACUGUCAUACUAUUUCUUCCCUUUAUGGUUAUUAUGUUAUUAUUAUUAUUAUUAUUAUUAUUAUUAUUAUUUGAUCUAUAUAUUUACUUUUAUGACAGGUUGUCUUGUGAUAUCACUCUCCAGAUCUAUGACACUCUUGCUUAAUUUUUCCAGAUGCUUAUUUUUUUUCUUAACAGAAAUUAAUAUUAGUUAUUUGCGGAGAUUAGGCUUUGCAUGAAAAUUAUUUUUCAUAGUGAAUUAACUGAAUUUAUUCAAAUAUAUGGUGAAUAAACCCAUAUUUUUCAAUAA